AUGAAGGCGUCGCCGAAAAUAGAGAAACGACUCAAGCAGGCGGGUAAUUUCGUCGACAACAACUUUUAUUUACAAUACCUCAGAUACUUUGACAUUAUUGCACAGGUGAGACAUUGUUUGCACAAAAAAACUGGAAGAAAUGUAGAAAACUAGGGAAAAAGAUACAAAAAAAUGAAGAGCUGGCGUGUUCUGGGAGCUCAAGAAACAGUCGAGAAAAGUCAUUUGAAGGCUUCGGCUCCUGUGAAGAUCCUGAAAGUUUCAUUAAAUUCGGCUCUCAAUCAAUCGAGAACACCUUUUGAAAAUUGCUCUCUUUUAGGUCCACUCGGUCGUGGAGACCCGCCACGGCACAUGGAUGCUCCGAGUGUGGCGAGCCACUCGAUUCGGACCCGAGAAAUAGUUUGUUGCUUCCCUUUCGCCCCCUCCAUUUUUCACUUUUCACCUAUUUCAGCCGAGACCUGCACCAGACGCGCUUCUUCCGAGUCACACAAGAGUACUUCAACAAGUACAUUGUGCCGCCGGAACCGCGAAUCGCAAAAGCGAUCGAGUACUACGGAAAAGAGUACAUGAUGGAAAUCGAGGUGUACGACGAGCAUCGCGACAUUCUCGAGACUGUCCAUGUACGUUUUCAGUUUAUAGAAAAAUCUUUUUUGGCCUGAAAUCCGAUGAUUCGAAUUGAGCGGUAGAUAGAGAUUCCUGGCUCAAAAUUUGAAAAAAAAAACUGUGUAUAAUUACGGCGAACACGCUGGAAUUUGCAUACUUCGUGGAGAAUAUGGCCUAGAAAACUCCAUGGGAUCCUAGACCAUGUUUUCUUUGUUUGGUCGGAUCGAAAAGUGGUGAAAACGUUAAAGAAAAUUGUUUUUACCGGUUUUCCACCAGUUUUUACCAGACUGCAUAAGAAUAAGACUGAACAGGUAAGUUCGAAUUCUUCUGAACAACUUUUCUGGCUUUUGAGCAAUUUUUGAACAUUUUCAGUCGGGCGACUUUGUGGUUGUCACAAACAUUCACUACGCGCGCAGCACAUUCGGCGAUUCGCUCAAAUUGCACGGCGGAAUGGCGUACAAUCGCGGAAUUAGCAAAAUUCCGGUGAACACCGAACACGAGAAGUUUGACAUCAUCAAAAGGUUCGUUUUUACUUUGAUAGAAUUUAAUUGCCGGAGAGAUGCUCGCGAAAUAUUUGAAUAACCGCCAACGAGGUUCUCUCCAUUUUUACAACUCUCACAGAGCCUUUCACGCACAUUUCUCACCAUUUUCGUGAAGAUUUUAUGCAAUUAUCAUCGAUUUGUAUGUUGUUGGCAUGGCCGAUUUUUAGAGAUCGGCUAGUACAUUAAAAUCUUUGGAUGUUCGGCACUUUUACCGCUCAAUGUAGGCGCUACACGGCGGUUGCGAAAUUGGUUGAGAAACGGGAAAUUGUGAAAAUGGAGAGAACCAGGAAGGGCGGCUAUCAUAACAUACAGAAAGACGAGAAGUGUUCUAUCUCUCUUUCUCUUUCUCUCCCCUUCAUGACGUUGUCGUUUUUUUCCUAUCUGUUCGCGCUCAAUUGUGUGCUUUACCGUCAAUGCACUUAAUUUGACGGUCGAUUACACACGGCUUCAGGCCAAUUUUCAUAAUGAAUCCUGUUUCGGAACAAAGUUUAUCAGAAGCCUGAAUAGUUUAUAAGCUAAAAGAUCGUCGGUCAACAAUUUCUCAAUACAAUUGUCUCCAUCCAUUUUGUUCUUAUCAUUGAUUGAUAUAUUGUCGCAUAUCGAUUAAGACUGUGACAAUAUCGAUAGAAAUUGAAGCACAAAUAGAUUGUGUGAAAGCUGAAAUUGCCUUGCGAAACGUUGGAAAAGUUGAAGGCUUAAAACGGGCGGAGUUUGCGCAUUUUAGAGCUUCGAAUGACCCGUCAAAAGUGAUCUUUAGCAAUUUUUCCAUGCUCAAUUAGACAAUUCUACUCUUGAAUCUUAACAACUGUUUCUUUGUGCCACGCCCCUUCAAAGGUGAAGUGUCCUAAAAAAAAUAUCCGCAACACUUAAUUAAGCAAAAAGGCAAAUUCGAAAUGUAUUCAUUUACGUCUGAAAAACAUUGUCAAGAUUCAAGAGACUCUAUAGUGCCAUGCCCCCUUUAAAUACCAAAUUUCUAUGGUUUCAGACGUGUGGAACGAGCGCUCGAGCAGAUCCCCGACUGCGAUUCGUUCGUCGAGUUUGUCGAGCAAGCGCAGACGGCCUCGAUGCAAUCGGCGUCGGCCUCCACGUCGGCGAACACGAUCCAGCCGGUGAUACACUAUCACCACCCGUCGAUGUUCCUCUUCGCCUCGCCGCCCAAAACAGUCUCCCCGCCGCCCUUUGCUUCUGCCUCUCUCCCUCCGCCUCCCACUCUUCCUCUUCCUCCGGUGGUCCGACUGGAACCUUCGCUUCCCUCACUUCCGCCGGUCCCAGUCGUUCGUCCUCCGCCUCCGACCACUUCGCGAAGAUGGAAGAACUUUGCGGCGGCGGUGAGCGCCGGAAAGAAGGCGUUCGCGCAGCCGUGCAAAAAGAUUAUCAUUGGAGAUUUGAUCGCCGUCGAUUGGUUCGGGUAAGCACUCUUCUGGACGAUGCUUAAAUUAUUCAGAAUAUAAUCAUUUUUCCAGAAAACGCGACGCCCGAAAGCACCAUUUUCUGACCGGCGCUCAAGAUGAACACUGCAAAAAUCUGGACACGAAAUGGGGACAGAAAGUCUAUUGCAGCAAGACGACCGCACAGAUUUUACCGCAAAUUAUGGGGUGAGACUUGAGAAAAGAUUACUGAAUUUCGGCUGGAAAUUAGAAAUUUCGAGAACAUUUACCAGAGUUUCGCCUCCAAAAUCAUUCAGAUUCGUUUCAGAUUCGAGUCGGAACGCGACGUGCCGCCGGGAAUAAUCCAUGUGCUCGUGGAGGACAUUCCGCACCGCUUCGAAGAUUUCACCGUCUACCUGAUCGACGCGAAUCACGUGCCCGGCGCCGUGAUGUACGUGUUCGAGGGAAAAGCGAUCCCGGGCGGGCGGGUACUCGUCACCGGCGAUUUCCGUGCCGACAAGAAGUUUAUGAAGUUGUUGGAGCCGGAGCAGAAGCUGAAUUGGCUGACGGAGAAGAAGUUCGCGACCGUAUACCUCGACAAUCAGUACCUUUCACUGAGCAUGCCGUUUCCCGAUAGAGAAACCGCUUUUGCGGAGCUCUUUAAGGGCGUUCAGGAGCACCGGGGCAAGAACAUCUACAUUCCGAUCCACCGAAUGGGCCGGGAGGAGAUAAUCGAAGAGCUGAGCAGGCAGAUGAUGGAGCCGGUGAUCGCGUACAAGGAGAAGAAGUCCCUCGUGUGCACCAUGAGCUUCUUCUUCGAAUUUGGCAUUCAUAACGGCGCGCGCACGAUCCGAGUGGUCAAGAGGAACCAGUGGGACCUGGUCCCAGGAGAGGAGCAUCUCGAUUUUGUCAUCUUUGAUAUUUCGAUGCUCUCCCACAUGGCGACCGUCGAUCCGAUGCUCCUGAAGCACAAGGACAAGGUGAUUCGGGUGGACUACUCGGACCACUGCUCGCGCGACGAACUCCUCAAGUUCCUGAGCCUCCUGACCUAUCAGAGCGUCGUUCCGUGCUCCCGCCCCGCCUCCCAGCACGAGAUGGAACUGCUCGUAUCGUGCUCACAAGACGACGAUGCGACGUUGACGGCGUGCGAGGAAAAGUGUGUGAUCGAGCACGAGGCGGAGAAGGAGGAGAACGGGAAGGCGUCGAAGAAGCGGAAGAUGGAGGAGGACGAGGAGGAACGGAGGAGACGCAAGGUCGAGCGGCAGAUCGAGAGGGACCGGAAGGAGCAGGAGCGACGGGCGGCCGCAGAACUCGCAGAGAUGCAGAGGAUUGUGGCGAGGACGAAGGAGUUGGAGGCACGGCAGCCGUGAGUUUUAAGCACUUUGGAAUGUGAUGAGAAAUUGUUUGAAAGUUGUUCAAAUUAGGAUUAGAAGACUUUAGGGGUUUUUAGGUCCACGUGCAAUUAUCGAUUGCACGGUCCAAUUCUAACUUUGCUCGAUUAUCAGUCAUGGUUAAGAGUAUCUAGCUUGAAAGUUUCAGCCUGAUCGGAUAAUUUGGUCCGGUGAUAUAUGCCGAAAAGCCCUAAACUUUCCGACCUAUACUCGAAACCAGGACUGAUAACCGAGAAAGGUUUCGGUCUCGAAAACUUGUUCCGUUUUUAGACGAAAUGAACCUGUAAAACCAUCCUUUUUCAGGCACCGAAUCGUGGAACGAGCACCGGAUCCGGAGCCCGAGUACGACGACUAUCCCUCGCAAUACCUGAUGAAAGAGCCGCUGAUGGCGUCGACGCUGGAGGGAAUGCUCGAGUCAACGACUCCGAAAGGGAUAAUGGCGGACGAGGAGGAGGAGGUCGCAGGGCCGAGCCAUCUCCAUCUCAACUUGGACCUCGAGAUGGACCUGGGACUCGAUCUUCCCGCCACUCCAUCGCCGCUCACGCCUUCUUUCGGACAUCAACGAUAUCAUCAACGCCCACGUCAUUUCCAUCAACAUCAUCAUCAGAAUCAGAAUCAUCAGCCGAUCACUUCGGGGCACUUGGAAAUGGACGACGUGACGAUGCUGGUGCAGCGGGCCGAUGAGCAGCAUCGGAAUCUGCACAUGCGGCUCAAUUCACCCGAUGAGCCGGCCCUGGAGACCCUUCAUUUGACGCCACAACAACCGCGGAGCUCGUGGACGCCGAUCAACAACGGAGCACCCGUCUUCUCGCCGCAAUACCAUCAGGAGACGUUUAUUGAGCAUGUGGAGAGAGAGCAUCAGGACACGAUGAUGAUGUUCGGGGAGGUGAGAGAAGAGGUGGAUAUGGAGGUUGAGUCGGAUGAGGAGCAGCAAGUGCAGCAGCACUAUGAGCAGCCCCAACAACUGCAGACAUUUGAGCAAAUGGAGCAAACUGAGCCGGACCAAGUGCUCAGGCCGAUGGAAGAGUUUUUGGAGCCUGAACAGGGAGAGCCAGCUAGAGAGUAUAUGGAGUUAGUGCCGGAGCAAGUGCUGGAAGGACCAUUUGGCGAGUAUCUGAUGGAACCACAGCCGACGGAGCCCGUUGAGCCGCAGAAGCCGGUCGAAGAGUGUCAGAAGCUGCCAGUGGAACCCGUGAAAGAAAAAGAAUCGGGAAAACCGGAGCCCGAACCGGAGAAAAUGGCUGAGCCGGAGCCGAAAGUGCCAGAAGAGAUUCAACCACUCCAACUGAAUGGACACGUUGCUGAGCAUAUGGAAGAGCCGGAGCCGGAGCCGGAGAAAGAGAAAGAGCAGCUGGAAAAAGAGCCGGAGCAAGAGGUCCAUCAGCCAAAGGAAGUUAAAGAGCCGCAGCCAGUAGUGGAGCCAGAGGUUCAUCAGACAGAGAAAGAGAAGGAGCCGGAGCCGGAGCCGGAGCCAGCCAAACCGCAGGAAAUUGUUCGAAAGAUUCCGGAAAAGGUAUGCACUGAAGAAAAUGAGAAAUUUUGGCGUUUUUUGGGAAAACUGCUCGAAAUUUGGAGACAAUAGACAAAAACUAUGAAGAAUUGAAAAAAAGGGCGUGGCUCCCGAAAAAGCGGAAAUUCUCGCACUUUUUCAGUCCGAAACAUUCCCUAAUUUUGCAGGAGCAGCCCUACCGAUUGCCCGCUCCGAUCGUCGAACCGACUCCAUCGCCGUCGCCAGAACAACAGGCGGUCCGCAACAAUCAUGUGGUCAAGGAGGCGGAGGAGAUCCAGCAGGACCACAUUGAGGAGGAGACUGAGAUCCAUCAGGUCCAGGAGCCAGAAGAGCCGAUUCAAGAGCAAGUGGAGGAGCCGGAGAAAGUGGAGCAAAUUGAGCCAGAACCGAUCGUGAUCUACGAACUUUACAAGGCCGUGGAGCUCGAGCACGUGGAACCACUCUACAUUCCGGACGAACCAAAAGAGCCGGAAGUUCCAGAAACUAGAAUCCAGACCUAUCAAGAGUACAUGAUGGUCGACGAGUGCUCGGAGAUUCUCGAAGAUUCUCCACUGCCGGCCACUUGCUAUCGAAAGGGCUCCACAGAAGAAACGGCUACUCCGAAAAGCACUCCGCGAGCAAAUGGGACCGAACGAAAACGCGGAGGCGGACGGAAAAAAGGUCGGAAAAAUCAGAAGCGACCGAGAAGAUCCACGACGGAAGAGGAAGAAGAAGAAGAAGAAGUGGAGGAGAAGGAGACUUUCAGAACCUUCCAGAAGCAGAAGCGUGUGACGCCGGAGAAGAUGGCACAGAUUGUGGAGGAAAAUCUGGAGCAACGGCUUGAAAAUCAUGUUGAGGAGAUGAAAGAACCUGAGCGAGAGCCGGAGUCAGAACACGAGCAAGAACAGCUGAUAGAUGAGGUCCCAGAGCCGGAGAAAGUUUUAGAAGGUUCCGAAGAAGAGGAGAUCAUCGAGACGGAGCCGGAAUUGGACGAUGACGAAGUGAUCGAGAAGGCUUCGACGCCACCGAAAUCCGUGCGAAAUGAGGAGGUGGAGGAAGAAGAAAUGGAGGAGGAGGAGCUCAAUCCGGAUUUGGAUAAUUGGAGGUUUGAUUCAUUAUUUCACUCUUUCACUUAAUUUCUUGCUGUCAUUUCAGCGAAGGCCCGCCGCGAUCUCUGAAAGAGGCGAUCGCCCGUCUCCAGCACCGAUCCACGGCUGUUUCUCGACAACGACAACACGCGCAAUGA